CGGUGAGGUGACUGCACGGAGCGAGCUGCACUCAGAGCCGGUCACAGCCAGCACGAUCUCCCCCCUAGUCCCCGGGAGGUGCAGGGGAGCCCCCCGAUCACACAGCCCCCUCCCCCCCCCUCCUCCUUCAUGCACCGCCUGCUGCACUGGGACCCGGCAGCAUGUCUACCACCCCCGCCGGCAGCUAGAUCCAUGGAAGCGGGACACUACUACUGCGAGCCAGCACACAGCAUCGCGGAGUGCCUGGGGGGCAAGCCUCACCGGCGGGGGGGCCCGGAGCCCAGCAUCGGGGAGCACGAGCGAGCCAUCGACUUCAGCCCCUACCUGGAGCCCGGGGCGGGGAGCGGCAGCCCGGCGGCGGUGGUAUCCGGGGGGUACGAGCAGCCCUGCGGGGACUUCCUCAUAGACCUGCUCUCCGCGGACGAUUACAAGGGGCUCCGCAAGGGGGCGCUGCUCUACUCCGGCCUGGCCAAGCAGCACCCCCACACUGGAUUAUUGGGGGGCUCCGGGGACAGCAAGGCAGAGCCCCCCGCUCUCCUGGAGAGCCUGGACUGUUACAAGGGCCCCCGGGGGCCCCCCAAGGAGGAGCCGACCAUGCAGAGCGCGGGGUCCCCCUUCACCAUCAGGUCGUUUUUGGGGUACCAGUCUGUGCCCAGCGGGGGGAGCAGCUCCUCGGGGAGCCCCCCCGGGACCCCCAACCCGGCCGACCGCAAGGAGGGCAAGUCCGGCGGCUACAAAGGCAAGAAGGUGCUGGACAAGCACAGCGACGAGUACAAGAUCCGCAGGGAGCGGAACAACAUCGCCGUCAGGAAGAGCCGGGACAAAGCCAAAAUCCGCACCAUGGAGACCCAGCACAAGGUCCUGGAGCUCAGUGCCGAGAACGAGCGCCUUCAGAGGAAGGUGGAACAGCUCACCCGAGAGCUGACAACGUUACGGAACCUCUUCAAACAGCUGCCGGAGCCCCUGCUGGUCGCCAGCGGGCGCUGCUAGACUCCGCGGGGGCGGGGCGAUCAGGGACACGCCCACUGUGCUUCUUAUACCAGACUGUAUCACAUGGAUCAGCAGCAAUGCCCCCUCUAUUAAUGGGGAGCCCCACUCUGCAGAGGAUGUAAUGCCCCCCACCAUCAUGUACUGUAGUCUUAUAUACAGUAUGGGGGGGUGCUGGAUAUUGGGGAAAUUGUGGCUUUUUAUUGUAUUUUGUGAUGUUCCUUAUGCUGGAGGGAAAAAGACCUGAUAUUGGGGGGGUUGUUGGUGGGAUUUGGUACUGAAAAGGUUAAUGCGCACAAUAUUGUAAGGGGAGGACAGGCGUUAAUACUGAAUGGGGGUCACCUGCCUGUAUGUGUAAUAGCAGCUGAAGUUCACUCAUCUGGAAGCUGCUGCAGAACCUCUUUGCUGUAGGUUGCCGUGUCUUGGCAGGGUUUGGGUUGGUGUUGGUCUAAUAGCCCUCUGUGAGUGGCAAAGCAGGUUUCUACAGUGACCCAGAUUUCUGAACUAGAGGGGCUUAUUCUCUAAACUGCGAAUUGUGGUGAAUGAGCUACGCAAAACAAACACCUGCGCAGCAGUUACUGAGAGAACUUCUAUAUCUGAACAAUUGGCUGUUCAAGGAAUAAGCCCAUUUCAGUAUGAUGGUGACGCCCGGCAGAUCUGUACAGCUGUACUUGCAAUCCUUAUUUUACUUUGAGACUUUGUUACAAGGGGCGUAUUCACUAAAAGGCGAAUUGUAAACAGAAUUGCAUUUAAGUUCACCACCAUCGUUGGUGCAUAAACCCCUUUGGUAACAAUGAUGCUGACGGCUUGUGUAAUAGUAUAAUUAUGUACUGUUGGGCAGAUGAUAUGGCUCUUAGGAGGGGGUCUCAGGAAUAUAAGCCCCUCUUAGACUUAGAGUUUGUCAAGCACAGUGUCCCGCUCCUUAAUAUUAAAAAGGGAUUAAUCUUCAGAGUCUCUGGGAAUGUCAUUGUCAGUACCCCUCUUUCAAUCCAGUGUUGCACCCACUAACUGUGCAUUGGGCGUUUAGGUAGCAAUCAGAAUUUGUAUUGAGUGGGGAAAGUGAACAUGGAUCACUUCUAGCUGCUAUGUAUGUCCUAUAUGUGGAUUUUUUUUAUUUAAUGCUGAACAGCAAAACAUGCACUGUGUAUAUAGUAUGCAGCGACCCAUCCAUCAAGGUUCAGGACCGCAGAUAUUUUAUAGGGUUUGUAUUGCACCCAGAGCAGAGACUUUAACAAUGUUAUCUUGGGUUUUGUCUCCCUUGGUCUGUGGACACCCAUUGGGGUUUGAGGAAGUCUGUAGGGUUUAUUAAAUAAACUACAACUUGUAGUGAAUUGAAAAGCGAAUUGUAAGAUUUGGGUUAAAACCACCAGAUUUGGGGAAUUCUUCCAGAUCUGCUAUUCUGUUUUCAGUUUACUGCAAUUUUUAGUGAAUAGCCAUCUGUUUUGAACACUUGUAGUAAAGCUUUCUGGUGUGAGACCGUUAAUCUAUCUGCUUUCUGUGUACACAAUGCUUUAAACCCCUUGGACUGUCUUAACUGCGCUUUGGCACGAAUGACUUAUCACCCCAAAGAGGUCUAUUUACUAAAUGACUAGAAGCAGCAAGUUUGAAACCACUGGGCAUAUUAAAGCCAAAAUUGUGAAGUUGGUGAAAUCUGACUUUUAACUUAAAUUUUUUUUUUUGCCUAAAUUGAGCAUGCCAGUUUGCUGUUUAGCGAAUAGACCACGCAAAGUUAAAUGGAAACACGUGCUGAAAGACUAAAGUGUGCAAAAAUAGCUCUGUUAAUGACAAGCUAUUCCCAUACCAGCCAAGGUGAAUUUCCCUUGUUUUCUCAAAUCUGAUGCAAUUCUGUAAGAGAAGGAGAAAUCUCAUACAGCCCUCCUUGUGUGUAGUGACAUCAUAUCUGAUGGCAAUGCAAUGAACUGUACUGUGUGGGUUAUCAUGCUUAUUACAGACAGGCAGCAACUCUGUAUAGCAUCCCUUAAUGCACGGUACUCUGCAAACCUGGGCUAAGGCCAGCGUGUUCAUUUGUAGCUUGUAAGAUUUGCUGGCCGAGUGUAAUAAGAGUUGUAAUCUGUUCAGAUGGAGCACAGGCAAUAAUUGGACUCUCAGCCACAGGGAAAACGCCACCUUUGCCAAGAAUCCCACUGGUGUUGGUGCAAUUAACUCCCAUCAAUCCCUUUCCUCUAACCUGGCUUAGAAUGAUGGGUUAGGCACCGGUGCUAUUGCUGCAGCCUUAAUUUGGCACUUAAUGUUUAAUACCAUUUUAUGUUUUUAUUUUGGGCACUUUGACAAUAUUUGGGAGAUUUAAAAGACGUUGGAUAUUGCAACGAACUGCACUUUGACGGAACUGCAUUUAAAGAAAUCACAAAGGGCACUUAAUAUAUUUCUUUUUUAUUAUAUUAAAAAAAAUUAAGUCUUGGGUGUUAAUGGUAUAUUGAAAAAACAAACUACGUUUUUUGUUAACCGUUCAGUCAAAUGAGUCUUGAAAAGCACCAAAGGCAGUAGGGGAGGCAAUCUCUCAGCGUAUAUACCAUCCAUGCCUCCUUUCUGAAUUUAAAAUGUAAAUAGUUUUAAUCGCCCAGAGAUAUAAUUUCAUGGCAAUGUUCAAAGCCUUUCAAUUAUUAUUAGUUUCUUAAAUACAGAGAGAGUGCAUAUUGUGUAAUCCCACCCUCACUAGCACACAAGUUUAUAGUGUUACUUUAAGAUAUGAUAAAUGUUUUACACUCAGUGAUGCAAUACUUUAAGCAAGGCUAAGAAAGGUCUGCGUAUUCCGAAUGAUGCAAUAUUAUGUAACUCAGCCAUGAGAGGUGUAAUCUUUUUAAAGAUGUUUUUUGUUUUUCUAAAAAAAAAAUAAUCUAUUUCUGUAUGAACAAAACAUUUUGUAUAUUUUGGGAUCUUUACAUUGAAAGCAUUGAUGAACAAUUGUUAAUAAAUUUGUAUGCUCUCGUUUGCAAAAAUGUGAAAAAAAUAAUUAAUUUGUUCUAAAUUAUUUGUAUUUGUACAAGAAAAGCCAUAGGUAAUAGCUACUACACCUAGGCCAUGGAGCUACAGCCUGUCAUGAUGCGUAAAUGUCAUUUUUUUCUUUUUUACACCCAAUCUGCCUGUCCAGUCUUUAUUCGCCAUUAAAACUGUUAUAUUUUUAUAUUGA